AUGAAGCUCCUCCUACCUACGUCAAUAGACCUUGAUGUCCAAAGUCUCAAGGGUUUCGCCGUCACAAUCCAUCCAUACGACGUCAAGGUUCCAAUUCCAGAGGAGCAUGUGGAUGCCAAUAUCAUCGUGACCUGGAUCAACAGUACCGAGAACUUGCGAGACGCCGCCAAGCGCCUGAAGAACCUGCGAUGGAUCCAGGCACUGGCUGCUGGGCCAAACGAUGUUCUCGCAGCUGGCUUCGACCCGUCGACAACUGUCAUCACCACUGGCUCGGGUACGCACGACGACACGGUGGCUGAGCAUACCCUGGCCAUGCUUCUGAGCGGCACGCGGAAACUGUAUGAGAUGAGAGACUAUCAGUCGCGGUCUGAAUGGCCGGGCCAUCUUGGAGGGUCGUAUCCCAGAGCCGGUGAGCUCACCACGCUUCGCGGCGCCCAGGUACUGAUCUGGGGUUUCGGAGGGAUCGCCAAGACUCUCACGCCGCUGUUGCAUGCUGUUGGUGCCCAGGUUCGCGGGGUGGCCAGGACGCCCGGAGUGCGCAGCGGCGUCGAGGUCUUGAGCGAGGACAAACUUCCCGAGCUUCUUCCCCAGACAGAUGCCCUGGUAAUGAUCUUGCCUGGUUCAGAGUCCACACGAAACGCUCUGAACGCCGAGAGGUUGAAGCUGUUGCCCCGUCAUGCCUGGGUUGUCAACGUCGGUCGGGGUAUCUCGGUAGAUGAGGAUGCGCUGGUCGAUGCUCUGGAGGCGGGCGAGAUUGGCGGUGCUGCACUCGAUGUCUUUUCACAAGAGCCAUUGCCAGCGUCGAGUCGACUGUGGAAGGCGCCCAAUCUCACGAUAUCGCCGCAUGCUGCUGGAGGCAGACCGAGUGGCUGCACGGACUUGAUUGCUGAGAAUUUGCGGCGCUUCCUGGCGGAUCGCCCGAUGAAGAAUGUGAUUUAA